AUGCUCUUCGAGCAACGCACAAAAUGUGACUCCAACGUGAUUACCUGUCAUAUUAAUGCGGAUGGUGCGAGUACCAGCCAAUUAGCUACAAGAAGUCUUAGUGGUAGAGCUAUUUUAAAAUCUAAUUAUUGUGUAUCACCUAUUAAUGCUCCUGAAAGUGAUCCUGAUUUAAGUGAUAAUGACCCUACAUAUCAAGACCCCAACGAAAUUUCAACGCGUCUUAGAAGCUUGUCCUCUUCCUCGACAGACUCAACUUCACAACCUGAAACACCCCAACAUGAGAUACAACAACCUGAGACAAGUAACGCAAACGAACCGAACACGACUCAAAGAAAAUCAAGAAAAAAGGCAGCGUAA